AGUUGCUGCCACCAUGUCUCUUACGCUCAAGCUCUCGUCUCUCGCGAUCCGCACAUUAUCCAAGCCGAUCGCCAAUCAAAUAAAGGGACAGGCUCGCGAACAUGAGCGGUUUCGCAAUAUGUGCGUCGCCAUGGCGCAGGCUCUGCACCGAUUCGAUAUGCGCCUCCGUCUAGGCGCCGUGCGGGACACCAGUGCUGCCCAGAGGCGAGCGGCUGCCGAGGCGGAAGCUCGAAAACACAAACCGACUACACCCACGGUCAAGUCAGAAGUAGAAACCAAGGCGGAGGAAGCGGCCCUUGCGAAAGCGAAAGCGGCGGCGGAGGAGGCUGCGAAACCGGCUCCCAAACCCCACAUUCGACCACUGUCCGAAUCCAAAGCCAUCGAGUCCGGGGCAAACUUCAUCAGUGAAGCGUUUUUGUUCAUGGUGGCUGGUGGGUUGAUCGUCUAUGAGUCAUGGAGGUCUCGGAGGAAGGAAAAUACCAGGAGGGAAGAUAUUGAGUCUCGAUUGAUCGAGCUGGAGGAGUCGGAGAAGGCUGCUCGACGGGGUCUGGCUGCUCUGGAGAAGGAACUUUUGCAGCAGAAGGCCAAGUCUGGAGAGUUGUCCAAGACUUCGGCCCGCAUCCUGCCUCGGGAUGCAUGGGAGAUUGAAGAGGAGGAACACAAGGAAGCUCCUCAACAAGGGUGGCUAUCGUGGGCCGCGUCAUAUUUCUCGUUUGGUGAGACUGCCGAGCAACAGGCAGAUGCUGUCAUUCAAGGGAGCAAAAAGGCUGCUUCGAAUCAGCCUGGGGGAUCCAGUAACAGUGGACCCUCUGUCAGUCCGCCAGCAUCGGCUUCCACUAGUCCUGGACUGGCUUCAGAGAUUAGAAAGGCGUGACAUGAUCUAACCCUCGACUUGUCAUCUGGUUAGAGCUUGAAGGAAGUGUAGUGUAAAUACUUGCAUUGUUGUGUUGCGUGUUGGAUACCCUUAUAUUGCAGGAUGGGAAAGUUGGCAGAUGGUGUUGGAUGACUGAGGCUGUCUGUUCGACGGGGCUAUUGCAUUACCUCUCCUCUCCAUUUAGAAAUACUACCAAACUUCUAAA